UUUGUCAUGGCAGCAUCCGUGAUCCGCAGGUGUGAGUCGCAGUGAAAGAGGUGAAGAUGGAAAGUCCACAAGUGGUUGACAGCAACUCCUUGCUUAAGGCUGUCUACUUGAGUCGUCUCCGUCUCACACGACUACUCCUGGAAGGCGGCGCUUACAUAAACGAGAGCAACGAGUGUGGCGAAACACCCCUGAUGAUCGCCUGCAGGAGCAGGCAUACGGACCACCUAAGUGUUUCCAAGGUUAAAAUGGUGGGGUACCUGCUUGAAAGUGGAGCUGACCCGAACAUCCAGGAUAAGAGUGGGAAGACUGCUUUAAUGCACGCCUGCUUGGAGCAAGCUGGUUCUGAGGUGGUGGCUUUGCUCUUGGGUAGCGGAGCGGACCCAUGUCUUGAGGACCACACUGGUUCUUCGGCUCUGAUAUACGCCAUCAAUGCCAGCGAUCAAGCAACUCUUAAAAUGUUGAUAGAUGCAUGCAAAGCCAGAGGAAAAGAAGUUAUCAUCAUCACCCCUGAUAAACUUGCAUGUGGAAGGCAAAUGGCAAAACAGUAUCUAUCCAUUCCUCCACUUGCAAUGGUGGAACAAUGGGACAAUCAAAACUCCACCAUCGUUCCCUGUGCUUCUCCAUCUGAUAUUCUCCUCAGUACAUCUCCACAUGGGACUCUUUCUUCUAGUCCUACAGAGCAUAUGUUUUCCUUCCAGGACUUGCAAAGCAUGACGAAUUCGCAGCCAACCUCUCCAUCCCACCAGGCUCCCCUGGUGCACAGUCGAGUGAGCAAACUCCACAAUCUCCAAAGAUUACACUCCGAGCCUUGGCUGAAAAUCCCGCAGUCUCUUCUGGCCCAACAGUACGCCAAAACGACCUCGGCUACGGAGGAACUCCCGGACAUCACACUCGAAGAGGAGUUAACUUUCAAAAUGAAGAGAUUGGCUUUCGGUAAUACACCGCUAUCACGUCAUUCCAGUGUUGAUUUGAAAGAAGCCAGUCAAACUCUAAGUCGAGGAAGCAAUCGUGACGGUCUGAGACCGGAAGGAGCACUGUGCCGAAACAUGUCCUUUGAUAGCUUAUCGUCCUUGCACUCUUUAUCCCAUCCCAAUCUUCAUUGCAAAAGCAGCGUGGAAGCUUUACCUGCUGAUAAGGAUCCGGGCAAAUCCCUGCCAAAUCUGGCUGUAUCCAGUCUCCGCAACAUCAUCCAGAGAAGGCAACUAGGAAUGGACCACUACAGCUCGGAUUCUCAACUAUCAGUGAGGCUUGCCAACUCACCAGAAGACCGUAAAGGACAUCUGGAGAAGAGAAAGCUUGCCAACUCACGUUCUCCUACCUUGGUAGGCUCCAGGGAAUCCCUUGAGAACGCUUCGUUGACGCACCUGCACAGGAGGAAUCCAAUUAGCUUCGAGCGUCGGGGCUCUGGGGCGCUUUUGGAUCCCAUUUCCCAUCCUCGAGCUGGUUUCCUCCCUCCUCUAAACCAGCAUGCUCUGAUCCCAAACAUCACUGGAAGCGUAAAUUCAAGCAGCAUUGGCUCCAGCAACAAAGCAGUUUGUGGCGUAGCAGCAGCAGGGACGAAGCCUUGCAUACCCUCGGCUCCUGCAGGUUUUCCUAAGGAUCUCAAGACUAGGAGGAUGCUGCUAAGAAGACACUCAAUGCAAACUGAACAGCUCAAGCGGGUUGGUGACUUCACAGAGAUUUUUGGACACUGAAUGGUUGCAACUAUUACUAAACAGUUUGACAGAAAGGCGCCAAUUUGCACUGACAAUAAUUCAUUGCUGGUUGGUGAAACUGAACAAAUAUCAUCUAUUAUCUUGCGUCUAAGCUAAAAUGAACAAUUUUAGCAGUGCAUCCU